AUGAAGAAGGAUAAUCAGAGCAGUGUGUCUGAGUUCAUUCUCCUGGGGCUCCCCAUCCAACCAGAGAAGCAAGGCAUGUACUAUGCCCUGUUCCUGGCCAUAUACCUGACCACAGUACUGGGGAACCUGCUCAUCAUCCUGCUCAUCAGGCUGAACUCUCGCCUCCACACCCCCAUGUACUUCUUCCUCAGCCACUUGGCCUUCACAGACAUCUCUUUCUCCUCUGUCACAGCUCCAAAGAUGCUCAUGAAUAUGCUGACACAGAGAAAAUCAAUCUCAUAUACUGGGUGUGUUUCGCAGGUGUAUUUUUUCUUAUUGUUUGGGGGUAUUGACAGCUUCCUUCUAACUGCAAUGGCCUAUGACAGGUAUGUGGCCAUCUGCCAUCCUCUGCACUACACCACCAUCAUGAGUCAGAGCCUCUGUUUCCUAUUGUUAAUUGUGUCCUGGGCCUUGUCCUGUGUCAGUGCCCUUGUGCACACCCUUCUCCUAAAGAACAUUAUGAGGCCUGAGAACCAGAGCAGUGUGUCUGAGUUCAUCCUCCUGGGGCUCCCCAUCCAGCCAGAGCAGCAGGGCAUCUUCUUCACACUGUUCCUGGCCAUGUACCUGACCACAGUGCUGGGGAACCUGCUCAUCAUCCUGCUCAUCAGGCUGGACUCUCGCCUCCACACCCCCAUGUACUUCUUCCUCAGCCACUUGGCCUUCACUGAUGUCUCUUUCUCAUCUGUCACUGUCCCAAAGAUGUUGAUAGACAUGCACACUAACCUCAAGUCCAUCCCCUUUGUGGGGUGCAUUUCCCAGAUGUUUUUGUUCAUAUUUUUUACUGACCUAGACAGCUUCCUGAUUGCAUCCAUGGCUUAUGAUCGAUACGUUGCCAUAUGUCACCCUCUUCACUAUACCAUCAUAAUGAAAGAAGAGCUGUGUGCCUUGCUGGUGGCAAUAUCCUGGAUCCUGUCCUGUGCUAACUCCCUCUCUCACACCCUUCUCCUGACCCGACUGUCCUUCUGUGCUGAUAGCACCAUCCCCCACUUCUUCUGUGACCCUGAUGUGCUGCUCAAGCUGUCCUGCUCAGACAUUUUCCUCAAUAAGUUGGUUAUGUUCACAGUUGGGGUGGUGGUCAUUACUCUCCCAUUUAUGUGUAUCCUGGUAUCUUAUGGCUACAUUGGGACCACCAUCCUGAGGGUACCUUCAGCCAAGGGGAUCCGCAAAGCAUUGUCCACAUGUGGGUCCCAUCUCUCUGUAGUGUCUCUAUAUUAUGGGGCCAUAUUUGGACAGUACCUUUUCCCAGCAAGAAGCAAUUCAGUCGACAAGGACAUCAUUGCAGCUAUCAUGUACACCGUGGUCACUCCCAUGUUGAAUCCUUUUAUUUAUAGCCUUAGGAACAGGGAUAUGAAAGAGGCCCUUGGGAAACUCUUCAGGAGAACAGUAGCUUUCUCCAAGUAG